UAUAAUGGCCCAUUUUUUGCCCCAUCCUGUCUGCAACACACUGCGUCAGGGAGACCCUUCUCAACUUUAAAAGAACAACCGCAUCUCGUUGCCUGGUUUCUCCCACUCAACUCCUCUUGUUUCUGUCACCAUGUCAAUUCAGCCUUUCCAGAUCGCCGUUCCGGAAGUUCGAUUGUCACGUCUCCAGCAGAAGCUUGCUCUUUCGGAUUUUCCCAAUGAAGUUCUCGACGCUGAUCCAUGGUCUCGUGGAACUCCAUCUUCAGAAAUCAAACGUCUCAGUCGAUACUGGGCAGACGGCUUCAAUUGGCGGCAAGUCGAAGCGAAGCUGAACUCAUUUCCCCAAUACCUGGCUCUUAUCCCAGUUGAGGGCUUCGGAAUCUACGACAUCCACUUCGUACACGAGCUCAGCGUCAACCCUAAUGCAGUCCCUCUUCUCUUCCUUCACGGAUGGCCCGGAAGCUUCAUCGAAGUGACAAAGAUUCUGCCACAGCUGCUUGAAGGUGGAGAACGGUUCCCUGCCUUCCAUGUGGUAGCACCGAGUUUAAUCGGCUUUGGAUUCUCAUCGUCAAGCAAGCCUGGUUUCAAUGUCGAUCAGCACGCUGAAGCAUACCAUCAUCUAAUGCAAAUGCUUGGCUACACUCAAUAUGUGAUUCAAGGUGGGGAUUUUGGUUCUCUCAUUGCUCGAUUCAUCGCAAUGAAGUAUGGUCCCACACACUGCAAAGCACAUCACAUCAACUCUGCAGCACCUGCUGAACCAACUUCUGCAUCUCAUCCAGAGCUGUACGCCAAAAUCAAAGAUAUCCCAUUAACUCCGGGUGAGCUUGCUGGCCUUGGACGGACAGCAGAGUUUUCCAAAGAGGGGAAUGGUUACCUUCGGCAGCUGUCCACAAAACCCGAAACUAUUGCGUUCAGCUUGACUGAUAGCCCUAUUGGACUGCUAGCAUGGAUUUACGAGAAACUUCAUGAUUGGGUAGACGGUUAUGUUUGGACAGAUGAUGAGAUCUUGACUUGGGUCAGCAUCUACUACUUCUCAACGGCGGGACCAGCAGGUCCGAACUCGUUCUAUUUCGAGAUUGAACACAGGAACCCGGGAGCUUUUCAAGGAGCACAAGCUUACGUCAAUGUUCCUCUCGGCAUCUCUCGAUUUCCCAAGGACCUGAUCUUGUUGCCAAAGAAUUGGAAUCAGACGAUGGGUCCAAUCGUUUUUGAGAAGGAGCACACAAGUGGUGGACACUUUGCGGCUUGGGAGAAGCCGGAGGCUAUAGUUGAGGACUUGCGAGUCAUGUUUGGGAAGGGGAGUCAGGCAUAUCAUUGUGUGGAUAGUAAGAGUGGGUAUAGCUAGCAAUCCGGCCAAUAGGCGCAGAUUUUGAUUGGUGAGAGAGAGGCAUAAUACCUCGGUCUUUUACCAUCAACUCGAUCAUGACAGUCGCCUCGCUUUUUUUUCAUUCUUGAGCUUGUGAAUUUCCAGUGUUACGAUGUAGACACUGCUCGGUGGCGAUCUGAAAGUGAAGAUUGGGAAAAA